AUGAUUUUUUAUCGAAUUUGUUGUGUUUUCGGUUAGUUUUUUCUGUUAGUUUUCAAUUAAAAUGUAUUUUUUCUCAGUUUUGGUGCAAAUCGCAUAUGCAUAUUCUCCAAAUGUUACGUCAACGGAAUCUGCAAUGGGAAAAUCAUCAAUUUCAGGUAAAUAUUGGAGUUUUAGGGGUUGAGGGGAUUAGGAACCGUUUUUUUAAGUAAAAAUCCGGUUGGUUAGAUUUUUAGCUUCUCAAAAGAUCAAAUUUCAUAAACAGUGAACUUUUUUUUGUGGGGAACACGAGGUUUAUUUUCUGAAAAUUUAUGCCUGGAAAUGGUCCAUAAAUAUUCCAAGCAAGUAGUUUUGAAAAAAUCAAUAAAUCCUCUGAAAACGGUUCUUAAAAGUCUACAUUGAAAAUAUAAGCUUUUGGCUUAAUCAAAUCUCUUGCAACCGGAAACAUUUUCCAGGAAUUUCCGUAACUUGUCACACUUCAAUGGAAAAUUGUUUGGAAGCAUGUUAUAUGAGUUGUUAUAUCACCGAUUUAUGCAACGAUGAGCCAGAUAUGGUGGCUUGUGCUCCAGGACUCACACAGUAAGUUAUCUGGGAAAAAUACACAACGGAACUGUAAUAAUUCUUUUUUUAAUAUGAAACGGUAACAUCAAAAUUAGAAAAAAAAGUUAACAUGAGUCAUUGAAACAAAACUUGCUCAUUCGUAAAGUAAACAUUACAACCUCCCCGAAUUCACUUCAUUCUCACUCUUCCUUUCUCACCGGCUAGCCACCUUAUUCCUAAAAAAUGGAAGAUCCGACAAUUAAUAAAGUUUCUGAAAAAGUUUUAUUAUCUGGAAUUGACUGUAUUCUCGAGAGAAUGGGAACGGCUAGAAAGAUUUAUGAAUGGUCAACUGAUUAUCAAGAUUUGUGUGGGGAUGUUGAUUGGAUGUAAGUUCCAAGAAAUUGUCAUUUUCUUUUAUCAUGAGUCAAAGUUUGUUCAAAUAAAUUUGAAAAAAACACGCGAUUUUUGAGCCUUUUUUGAGUCAUCGACGAUUUCGCAAUAACUUUUUACUACUCUCUAUCUGUUUUUUUUGUGUGCUCUUUUUCUCUGAGCUCUGCGGUUAGAAAAAUGAGUCAUGUUUUUCCUAGAAAAAUGAGAUGGAAUUGACAAACUCCGCCUAUUGUCUGUUUCUGUUUUUGGUUGAGUGGUUUUUUCAAAUAGUAUUUUUACUCGAAUGUCAUUGAGGAGGUUGUGAAAUAAUUAUUCGCUCCUCGCAGAAAAAAAUUGUGUUUUUUUCUUUUCGCCAAAUUUGAGAUCGAUUUUUCUGAAUUUUUUUAGAAAUAGAAUCCUGAAGUUCACCUUUUCUGAUAGAUUUUUUUAUAUUUCAUAGAAAGUAGAACAAUGUUUUGAAGAGCUCAUUAUUAUUUGCACACCUUUCAUUUUUUGCUGGUAAACUUUUUUAUUGGCUAAAUUUUUUCUCUUUCGUUUUUUUUUUCGAAAAAAAAACACAAUUUUUGAAAGAAGCUCCAUUUUUUCCAAUGUUCAUCUUGAGUUAGAGAUUAUUGACACACUUACUUUCCAGCCUAAUGAAAAAAAAAUCAAACCUUUCUGUUGAUAGCAAAUUUCCAUAGUUACUCUCUGUCUAUCUCUUCUCUCCUUCAUUCUUGGCUCCUAAAAUCGAUACUAUGAGAAGAGCCCAUGUUCGGCUGAAGAGAAAAAAACAGGCUAUUUUCAUUUCAUCUUUUUUUCUAUUGGUGUUGCGCUUUUUUUCUUUUCCGGUGAAGAAAAAUUCGAAUUUUAGUAAAAAUGUCGGAAGAAAGACCAAUUUGGGAGUCGGUGAUGAUGCUUGAUGUUUGGGCGGUAAUGGUGUGGGUGUAUGAUCGAUUACCGUUUGAAAUCAAAUCUUAUAUUUGGUAAUUUUUUUUGAAAUUUGUAAUUGGAGGCUGGGAAACUGAAAACUUUGAAAGGAAAAAAUCAUUAAAAACUAUAUUCACUGAUAUAAGAAAUAACAUGAAAUAUUUUCAGGAUGGUCAUUUUGACCCUUCUCUUCGUCAUCCUCAUCACAACAUGUUGUGGUGUCCUAUGCUUCUUUGCUCCUUGUUGCUGUUGUGCAAUAAUCUACAAAGGUUAUCGAGCACGUCAAGCUGGAAGAAGUGGAAGAAAUGAGCCGGAUAAUAAUGUGGCCUAUCCAUCAGCUCCGCCACUUAUUGCCAAAGUUUGA